AUUGCAUGUUUUUUCAAAGGAUGGCAGGCAAAUCAUGUUAUCAAAAUACUAGAUAGUUGUGAUUUCUUCCCAGUCGAUGGUAUCAAAGUGCUUAUAGAGAAGUCUCUCAUAACCAUUAAUAUGGGCAAAACUUUGGCAAUGCACGACUUAUUGCAAGACAUGGGUAGAGAAAUUGUUAGACAAGAAUCACCUGAAGACCCUAGCAAACGCAGUAGAUUAUGGUUUCAUAAAGACGUUCGUUAUGUCCUUGAGGAAAAUGUGGGAACAAACAAAAUUCAAGGCAUAUUGAUAGAUUUGCCUGAAGGAAACAAGAUGCGCUUGAGUUUCAAGGCCUUCAAGAAGAUGAAAAGGCUUAGGCUGCUUAUGGUUAACCCUAAUGCGCGCUUUUCAGGAAGACUUGAUUUUCUCCCUAAUGAAUUAAGAUUGCUUGAUUGGCAUGAAUGUCCUUUAGAAUCUUUGUCAUCAAUUUUUCAUGUAGAGAACCUUACUGCUUUAAGAAUGCCUCGGAGCCACCUCAAGGGAUUGGAGGGAAUUGAGAAUUUUCAAAGCAUGACAAUUAUGGAUUUCUCUUAUUGUGAAUUCCUAAAAAUAUUCCCGGAUGUUUCAAGGAUUCCAAAUUUAGUGGAUUUGAGGCUUGAUGGUUGUACAAAUUUAGUUGAAAUUCAUCAUUCUGUUGGAUUUCUUGAUAAGCUAGUUUCUUUGAGUCUUGGUGAAUGCUAUAACCUUAGCAAUAUUCCGAGAAGCCUCAAGUUAAAAUCUUUAAAAUAUCUUUUCGUUGAAGGUUGCUCAAGGCUUAACUACUUUCCGGGAAUGCUAUUGUUACCAUCCCUGCAUGCAUCGAAAGAUUUGUUUGCUUGUGGAGACUUAAUGUGGAUAAUUGCAAGCAACUUCGAAAAAUUCUAA